AUGGUUGAAAAUACCGACGUUGAACUUUCAGAAGCGGAAGCAGAACAAUAUGAUCGCCAGAUUCGUUUGUGGGGAUUGGAAUCACAGAAAAGAUUACGUGCCUCCAAAGUGCUGAUCAUUGGUUUAUCCGGCUUAGGUGCUGAAACCGCGAAAAAUAUAAUUUUAUCAGGCGUCAAGAGCGUGUGUUUACUUGAUAAUGAGAAGCUUAAAGAAAUUGAUUUGUACUCUCAAUUCUUGGCACCUCCAGAUAAGAUCGGGGAAAACAGAGCUGAAGCUUCAUUGCAAAGAGCGCGGGCAUUAAACCCCAUGGUAGAAGUAUCUUCAGAGACUCGAGCUGUCGACAACUUACCCGAUGAAUAUUUUACUACUUUUGACAUAGUUUGUGCUACCGGAUUAAAGCAGGAGCAAUUGGAGCGUAUCAACAACGUAUGCCGUGACAAUAACAAGAAAUUCCUAUGUGGCGAUGUUUGGGGAAUGUUUGGCUAUAUGUUCGCUGACCUCGUCGACCAUGAGUAUUCCGAAGAGAUUGUGCAACACAAAGCCGUGAAACGUGGCCCAGACGACAACGAAAAAAAUGCACGAGAAACCGUUAGUAUCACAGUGAAGCGACGCGCUAUUUAUGUGCCGCUUCAAAAUGCACUUUCUGCUGACUGGAGGAAACCAGAGUUACGUUCGAGACUACGACGCGGAGACCCUUCUUACUUCGUCCUUAAAAUUCUGCUUAGAUUUAGAGAUGAGCAAAACAGAAACCCUGACCCAGCUAAGAGAAAAUCAGAUACUGAAACAUUAUUCCGUAUGCGAGAUGAGCUUGUGAAGGAAUUGUCACUGCCUUCUGGAUUCAUCAGUGAUGAACUUCUUACUGAUGUAUAUGGUGUUGUUGCUGGUGCAGCUGCAGUUGUCGGAGGUGUCAUUGGCCAAGAGGUUGUAAAGGCUGUGAGCCAAAGGGAACCACCACACAACAAUAUGUUUUUCUUUAAUCCUGUGAAAUGUGUUGGCUUUGUAGAACUAUAUGGUCAAUGA